UAGUCUAUGCAUUCUGUUUGCGAUAGACGGGGAGAGAGGUCUGUAAGUUUACUUGGGUUGAGGGGCGUUUUAUCGUUGCAAUGCCGUUCUUUCCUCUGUUGCUUGUUUUGGCGGGUCUGACUCUGUUUCUUUCGCGACGUCGGUAUAAAGCCAUCGAAGGCGCUGGGAGUCCUCGGAGUCCUCAUGUCGUUGUCAAGGGCCACACGUACUCCGAUAGUGUAGAGGGCAUCGAGCUGCGACCGCUUCCGAGUACCAAAAUCGAGAACGUGCGUAGUGCGUGUAUCAUGGGAGCAGGCCAUGUGGGUGCACUGACUGCUGCUAUCCUGGCUUCCCAAAACCCCCACGUCCAGUUUUGUGUUGUUGAUAGGGAUGCGCGCCUCAUCGAUGCGUGGAACUCGGAUCGUCCUCCUGUCUUCGAGCCGGGGCUUGAGGAGUUGCUCUUCGAUGAUCCCCCGGGGUUUGCGAUGGAUGCGUCCGGUGGCCCAGCAGAAUCAGAGGCGAACGUGUCGAUUGACAGGAAGAGCUCAGAGAGGAGCCCCCGACAGAGGAAGUUGGCUAAUCUCGCGUUUUCCACCAAUACCCAUGCGGGCGUGGUCGCCGCAGACUUAGUCUUUCUCUGUGUAGAAUGUUCUUCAAAUACAUCUUUGGAGAACAAAGAAAGCAUCGACCUGGGGCCUCUCGAGGCAGCCAUCCAAGCCAUAGCUCAAGUCUCAACAGGGCACAAGAUCAUCGUGCAGAGAAGCACAGCGCCUUGUGGCAUCGUCCAGCGAAUAAAGAAAGCUUUGCGCAAAACAGCGUCCCCAACAGCAUCCUUCGAUGUAUUGUCCAACCCCGAUUUCCUUGUUCCAGGCACGGCAAUCCGGGAUCUCCUCUAUCCGCCCCGAGUCAUCAUUGGGCACAUCUUCUCCGAAGACAUGUCUGUUGAAGCCAUCACAGCGCUCAAGCGAUUGUACCUCCCAUGGGUCCCUGAAGAGCGCUUGAUCACCAUGGAUGCAUGGUCCUCGGAGCUGGGCAAGAUCGCGGCCAACGCCUGCCUAGCGCAGCAGAUCAGCAAUGUCCAAUCCCUGAGCGCGAUAUGUGAGUCCACAAAUGCCAACAUCAGCCAUAUCACCCAGACUUUGGGACUUCCUCCGCAGGUGGGCCUCGGCUUCGGCGGCUCGAACACCCACACCGAGAUCCGGUGUCUGAUAUACCUUGCGCGGGAGCUGGGGCUGCAGCCUGUCGCAGAUUACUGGAAGGUUGUGCUUCAGAUGAACGAAUUUUAUACGAGUCGGACUGCGAAGCGGGUUACAGAGCGAUUCGCCGGGGAGCCGAAAGACCACCGGGUGGCGAUCUUGGGUUUUGCGGCAAAGGAAAGCACGAUUCAAAGCCGACAUUCCACGUCUCUAGGGCUGGCGCGCGAUUUGGUGCGCAUUGGGGUGCAAGUGACGAUUCACGAUCCUCGCAUCCCUGGAGAUCAGUUACGGAGCACGUUGAAUUCCACGGACCAAUCCCUCGAAGCGAUCACGGUGGCUGACUCCGUGGAUGCAGCGUGUCAUGGCUGCAGCGGGCUGGUUUUGUAUACAGAGUAUGACGAGUUCAGCCACGAGCAAGUGCGAUGGCAGGGUAUUGCUGGUCAAAUGCAGGGUCCAAAAGUCUUUCUGGAUCUAUGCGGCGUGCUUGACCGGUUCAAGAUGCAGCAGUGGGGAUUUGAUAUGCUGCAGCUGGGAGUGAGGCAGAAGGACGCUCAUUGAUGAUGAUAAUGAUGGAUGACGUGAUGAAUGAUGAGACGCUGGAGGGAGCACGAUCGGUCAAGACCCUUGACUAACGCUCUUUACAUGUAUGGUUAUAUGUGGUAAUGAAGAGGAUACUAGUUAACUGC